CUACGAUGUGAAUUCCACCCAAUUGCUCCCUUUCUGGAGCUCCAGUAACUGCCAUCCCUAGUCCUAAGUCCCCUCAACAAUGGCUGGCGACGAAGAUAUACCGUCAACUUUCAAGCCUCUGCCAAACUCGUCAUCCAACUCCGCAAAAGACCGUCUCGCGCAAGUCUCGGGCCACAUCUCGCCCACGCCCAACACGCCCAAACGUCGUCGGCGUAAAGGAUCCGAGGAAGACCUUCCGGCAGACUACUCCGAUAUUCUCGGGCAAAUUGCGACACUCCGCAAAAUCGCAGCGACGCCUGAUCCGGAUAACAGAGGUUAUGUGAGGCAGAAACAAGCUGGGAAGCUGUGGGUCAGGGAGCGGGUAGAGCAGCUACUAGAUCCGGGGAGCUUUCAGGAGGUAGGAAGCGUGAGCGGGACGGUAACAUGGAAGAAGCUGGGGCCCGUGAAGGAAGAACCGGUCGAGUAUGUGCCGUCGAAUAAUGUGCAGGGAUUCGGAAAACUCAGAGGUAGGAAGAUCGUCUUCACAGCUGAUGACUUCUCCAUACGCGCUGGUCAUGCCGAUGGCGCGUUAAUGGACAAAACCGUGUACAUGGAAAAGCUCUCCAUAGCCCUCCAAAUCCCCAUCAUUAAACUCGUCGACGGCUCUUCAGGCGGGGGCUCCGUCACCACGAUCCGUAAAACCGGCUUCUCCUACGUCCCUCCACUCCCUUCCUUCACACAAGUCGUUCAGCAACUCAACAUGGGCAUUCCCAACCUCGGUGCCGUCCUUGGUCCAGCCAUAGGUCUCGGAGCAGCGCGAGUAGUCGCCUGUCACUUUUCCGUUAUGGCGGCCGACAUUGGCUCCCUAUUCAACGCUGGACCGAACGUAGUCAAGAAUGCCACUUUCGAAGAAGGGUUGUCGUUUACGGAUCUAGGAGGUCCAAGCAUGCAUUGCACCAACGGCACCAUUGACAAUCUCGCACCCGAUGAAGCUGGAUGUUUCGAGCAAAUGCGUACCGUGCUGAGCUACCUUCCCGAUUCCGGCACAAAACUACCACCUGUUGUUGAAUGCACCGACCCUAUAAACCGCACCUCAGAAUCUCUCCGCUCGAUAGUACCGCGGGCUAGAAACCGAAUGUACAAUCCUCGCAAAAUAAUCACUGAAGUAGUUGACGCGGGUUCCUUCUUCGAGAUUGGCGCACUCUGGGGCACAACCGCUAUCGUGGGCCUUGCUCGCUUCGGCGGCCGCCCCGUCGGCAUCGUGAGCCUGAAUUGCGAAGUUAAUGCUGGAGCACUCGAUGCCCUAGGGUCGCAGAAAGUAACACGGAUGUUGAAAUUCCUAGAUGUAUUUAACAUCCCGCUUAUCCAAUUCGUCGAUGUCCCUGGAUAUGCUAUUGGAACGGUUGCGGAAAGAACAGCGACUAUGCGUCAUGGAGUCACGCUUGCCACGACAUAUUACAGCACCACUAUGCCUAUAUUCUCCAUACUAACCCGCCGCGUCUACGGCGUCGCCGGCGGCAUCAUGCUGGACUGCCGUGAUCCCAGAAUGCGCGUCGCCUGGCCCUCAGGCAUGUGGGGAUCGCUUCCUCUCGAAGGCGGCAUUGAGGUCGGGCACUCGUUUGAACUAAAGGAGAUCGAGCGGAAAGAGGGCCCAGAGGCGCGAGAGAAGCGGUAUAAAGAGCUGGAAGAUGAUUACAGGAGGUUGAUGAAUCCGGUUCGGACGGCGAAUCAUUUCGGCGUUGAGGAGAUCAUAGAUCCGGCGGUUACGAGGAGAGUCUGUGUGGAGUGGGUUAGCCAUGUUUAUGAGAGUUUGUUGCCGGAGAGGGUUAUGGAGAGGACGUGUAUGCAGGUUUCUGAGUGGUUCAAUCGCUUCAAGGACUCUCCAGAAAUAUGA